GGGUGGGAGGAGAUCCUGACAAGGGGGGGCUAUAAAUGUUGAAGCUCCCACAUUCUCAGUGCACCAUCCCAAAGCAGCUAACCCCGGCCAAGCAUCGUCAGGAUAAUUUGUGAGAGAUUGUGGUACGUUGACAGAAGGGAAGAUGUGUGACGAAGAGGAGACAACUGCAUUGGUUUGUGACAAUGGUUCUGGUCUCUGUAAGGCAGGCUUCGCCGGGGAUGAUGCUCCCAGAGCUGUCUUUCCAUCUAUUGUGGGACGCCCCAGACACCAAGGUGUGAUGGUUGGCAUGGGUCAAAAGGACAGCUAUGUAGGUGAUGAAGCACAGAGCAAAAGAGGUAUUCUGACACUCAAGUACCCUAUAGAGCAUGGCAUUAUAACAAACUGGGAUGAUAUGGAGAAGAUUUGGCAUCACACCUUCUACAAUGAACUGCGAGUUGCUCCAGAAGAGCACCCAACUCUCCUUACAGAAGCUCCUCUUAACCCCAAGGCAAAUCGUGAAAAAAUGACUCAGAUCAUGUUUGAGACCUUCAAUGUACCAGCAAUGUACGUUGCCAUUCAAGCUGUCUUGUCCCUUUAUGCUUCUGGACGUACAACUGGUAUUGUUCUGGACUCAGGUGAUGGAGUCACACACAAUGUACCCAUCUAUGAAGGCUAUGCCCUUCCCCAUGCCAUCAUGCGUCUGGACCUGGCUGGCCGUGAUCUCACUGACUACCUCAUGAAGAUCUUGACUGAACGAGGCUACUCCUUUGUCACUACUGCUGAACGUGAAAUUGUCCGUGACAUCAAAGAGAAGCUUUGUUACGUCGCUUUGGACUUUGAGAAUGAAAUGGCCACUGCUGCCUCCUCCUCUUCACUAGAGAAAAGCUAUGAACUUCCUGAUGGCCAGGUCAUUACCAUUGGUAAUGAGCGCUUCCGGUGCCCUGAGACGCUCUUCCAGCCAUCUUUCAUUGGUAUGGAAUCUGCUGGUAUUCAUGAGACGACUUACAACAGCAUCAUGAAGUGUGACAUUGAUAUUAGGAAGGACCUGUAUGCCAAUAAUGUCUUAUCUGGUGGCACUACCAUGUACCCCGGGAUUGCUGAUCGUAUGCAGAAAGAAAUCACUGCCUUGGCUCCCAGCACAAUGAAGAUCAAGAUCAUAGCACCCCCUGAGCGCAAAUACUCCGUCUGGAUUGGUGGAUCUAUUUUGGCCUCUUUGUCUACAUUCCAGCAGAUGUGGAUCAGCAAACCAGAGUAUGAUGAAGCUGGGCCAUCUAUUGUUCACCGCAAAUGCUUCUAAACUGUCCACUCUUGUAUAUGUACUUCUCUACAUAUAAACUGUGAAUAUACUGUAGGAGCAUAUGUCCUCACAGUUUCAUUCCAAUGUCUGCCUUCCUUGCUGUAUUAAUGGAGUGAAUGAGGAAAACUAUUUCUGGGAUAAAUAAAGCUUGAAUGUUCUGCCAA